CCGAACACUUGUUUACUUACUGCUCCUAGUAAAGAGAAAAAAAAAAAAAAGCUAACUGAAAACAAGAGAGAGCUAUCGAAGUCGAAACCCUAAGAUUCUCUCUCAUCGCAAAUAUCACUUCUCACUGUGAAUCAGGUUUUAUCAAAGCUAGGAAGAUGCACAAGUUAAAUAGAGGCAACCGUGAGAAAGUCCAGCAGUUCAUGAGUAUAACUGGGACAAGCGAGAAGGUUGCUGUUCAGGCUUUGAAGGCUAGUGAUUGGCAUCUAGAAGGAGCAUUUGAUGCGUUCUACAGCCAGCCUCAGUCUAGAACAUAUACUGAUUCUAGACAUUUGGAAGAGCUUUACAACAGAUAUAAAGAUCCUUAUGUUGAUAUGGUACUGGUUGAUGGUAUCACCAUCCUUUGCAAUGAUCUGCAGGUGGAUCCUCAAGAUAUUGUUAUGUUAGUUGUUUCAUGGCACAUGAAGGCUGCCACCAUGUGUGAAUUCUCCAAGCAGGAAUUCAUUGGUGGAUUACAAUCACUGGGGGUCGAUUCUUUGGAUAAGUUUCGUGAAAAAAUACCAUAUAUGCGAUCUGAGCUGAUGGAUGAACAGAAGUUUCGUGAAAUAUACAACUUUGCUUUUGGCUGGGCAAAAGAAAAGGGUCAAAAAUCAUUGGCAUUGGAUACAGCAAUUGGUAUGUGGCAGCUGCUGUUUGCUGAAAAACAGUGGCCUUUGGUGGAUCACUGGUGCCAGUUCUUACAGGCUCAGCAUAAUAAAGCAAUCUCGAGGGACACUUGGUCUCAGCUUCUGGAGUUUGCCAGGACAGUAGACCCCACAUUAUCAAAUUAUGAUGCUGAAGGUGCAUGGCCCUAUCUGAUUGAUGAAUUUGUUGAAUAUUUGAAUGAGAAUGGCAUAAUGCAAAAGGGUCGGUCAACUGAUUGGAGCCAAAAACGAUGAUUGACCAUGGGAAUCCUCUGAUGUAGGUCGUGGAUUUUUGGCUCAUGUUCUGUCAUUUUCUUCCAACUUUUUUUUUUCCUUUUUCUUUCCACAAGACCCAAAAUGAAAGGAAAAGGAAAGAUGCAUUGGUAUCUGAUAUCUGAAUUUGGCAACCGGCACUUGGAUUUUCAGUUGAUGGGAUUUUCUGUAUUAGAUCCAUUUCUUGUGAAAGCUGAAUAUCUUGUUGAAAUUUCUCAAAAAAGGAAAGGUUUGUUGGUGUGUAA